CAAGACGGAGAAGAACCCGUAGAGUGUACUACGGUAGAUCUUAUGGAGCGGAGUUUUUGGGGCAGAUAACUCUUCAAAUAAGUCUCAAGUGCAAAAAGAGUGAGUGCACACUGGCUACUAUGGGGACAUUUAAGACACAGAUGUUGUGGGAGUCCAUAAGGAAGGGGGACCUGACAGGAACAAUUGGACUUCUGGAAAGUGGCAAUAUCAACCUGGAGGAGAGGGACAAUAAUGGCCAGACAUUCCUGAUGUUAGCCUGUGAGUAUGGAGAGCUAAACAUCGUGAGAGAACUGCUGGAGGCCCAUGUAGACCCCAACGCUGUAGACAUGGAUAACUGGAGUGCCUUAUUGUACUGUGCAAAGGAGGGCCAUUUGGAGAUUGUCAUUGAGUUAUUGGAGAGGGGUGCUGACAUCGAGCACAAGGACUUGUGUCUUUGGACAGCUCUGAUGUGGGCAUGCUACAAAGGGAAAUAUUUGGUGGUUCAGGAACUGUUAGAUAGAGGAGCUAACUGCAACAUUAAAGCAGAGAUGAACAUGACGUGUUUGGCCUGGGCAGCUGGCAGAGGUCACAUCAAUGUCGUGAAGAUCCUGAUACAGAAGGGAGCCAAAGUCAACACACCAGACAAGUAUGGUACUACCCCGCUGAUCUGGGCCUGCAGAAAAGGUUACCUGGAGAUUGUGGAAGCGCUAUUGAACGAGGGCGCUAACAAUGAUGUCGUGGGAAUGAAUUCUUGGACCGCGUUGCUAGUGGCAGCUAAGGGUGGAUUCACAGAGGUUGUACAUCAGUUGCUGGAGUAUGACCCCAACGUCAAUGCUGUGGACAAGGACGGCUUCACGGGUCUGACUAUAGCAGCUAAGGAGGGAUACAAUGAGAUUGCACAUGAUCUACUCUCCAAAGGCGCCUACGUCAACAUCAAGGACAGGGCUGGUGACACCAUCCUAAUCCAUGCCGUGAAGGGUGGACAUAUUGAGGUUGUAAGAGCACUGAUUGAUAAAUAUGCUGACGUGGAUGAAAUCGGAGCUGAGGGAAAAACUGCUCUGUACUGGACCGUGGAGAAAGGUUACGUAGAAAUCUGUAAGCUGCUGCUCAACAGUGACCCCGACUUAGAAAUCGCCAACAAGGAUGAAGACACAGCAUUGUUGAGGGCUGUGAGGAGUCGAAAUGAACUCUGUGUGAGAUUACUGCUAGAUAAAGGGGCCAGAGUGGGGGCUGUUGACAAGAGAGGGGACACUGCCCUCCACAUCUCUUUGAGGGCCAGAAGUAAGCGAAUCACGGAACUGCUCCUCCGUAACCCUAGAAACAGCCGUCUGCUGUACCGCCCCAACAAAGCGAAUGAGACUCCGUACAACAUCGACGCCUACCACCAGAAGGGGAUCCUUACACAAAUAUUUGGACAUAGAAACCUGAACGCUAACGAUGGUGAGAACUUGCUGGGAUAUGAAGUGUACAGCAGUGCUCUAGCAGACAUUCUGAGCGAGCCGUCCCUCAACACCCCCAUUACUGUGGGGCUGUACGCUAAAUGGGGGAGCGGCAAAUCCUUCCUCCUCAGCAAACUUCAGAAGGAGAUGAAGAUGUUCACUCGGGCUAACAAGGAGGACCACUUCACCUUCUGCUGGGCUCUCUUUAUCAUCCUCCUCAUUUUGAACAACGUAAUCGGACUCACGCUGGCCAUGACGGUCAGGUGGGAGUUGGGGCUCGGGGUGGGGCUUGGCCUGUUCCCUCUAGAUUACAUAUUUUUGGGAGUGCUGCAUUUUCUGUGUCACCGUCACAACUUAAAGUACGCCACACGUCUGAGCCUGUUACUGGGCAGGAAGCUCCAAGUGACCACCUCCCUCCUACAGGUUCUGUUUGUCAACUCCAAACACCCGACAACGUCUACCAAGUACUUGGAUCCCACAGUCAAGUUCCUGUUCUCGGAGGGCACUAAACUGACCAGUGUAGGAGGGGAGAAGGCCCUGGCAGCCAUGAUUGCGACCCUGGGAGAGGCGUUGGAACGAGAGUAUGGAUCUGUGGUGGCCCGAUUGUUCCGAGUCUUCAAACCACAUCCUGACAAGCCCUACACUGGCCGGUUCAAGACUCUGUGCUGUGUCCCGUACUUUGUGAUAGUCUACCUGGUUUUUCUUGCCAUCGAGAUCGGAGCGUACCUGCUGGUCUCCCACUUUGCCUUCAACCAGUUUACCUACAAAAACCCAGUCUACUCCAAUAUCACAACACCUCUAGCUCCACACAAUCAGGUGGAGGAGUACCCGGCUCUGUUUGGGGUCCUGUUUGCCAUUGCUAUCAUCGUGGGACUGGCCUUCAUUGGUAACUUCUACACGUGGGGACAAGCCAUUCUAGCACUUCUCUCACCACAGAAGAGACGGAUUAUGAAAGCAGCCGACAGAAUCGGUAAAAUCAAGAUGGAUGGUUUGAUGCAUGUACUGAAGUAUGAGGUCGACUUAAUGGCAAAGAUGGUGACUUUCAUGGACAAGUUUACAGAGAACCAGACUAGACUGGUGGUCAUUGUGGAUGGACUGGACAGUUGUGAGCAGGACAAAGUUCUUCAGGUGCUGGACAUCAUUAAGGCUCUGUUCUCUGAUGAGGACUCCCCCUUUAUAACAAUCCUGGCUAUAGACCCUCACAUCAUCAUUAAAGGAAUUGAGAGUAAUAUCAAAACCACGUUCCAGGAUUCCAAUGUGAAUGGCUACGAUUACCUGAGGAAUGUUGUGCAUCUUCCUUUCUAUUUGCAAAGUCAGGGGAUGGCCAUUAAAAAGCAGGACAUGGCUAAAAGUUCUUCCACGUUUGAAGUGUCGGCAAACCCAGAAUCUCCAUCUAAAGCCAGGCGGACAUACCAGCAACAGGACUCUGUUUUGUCGGGGUACUCCACGGGAGAAAGUUCUGACAAAAUCCGUAAGCAGCGACAGUCCAGUGUGUGUCAGUCGUACACUUCCUCCAUGGACCUCACAAACACUGUCACCAAGACGGACUACUUCAGCGACGUCAACCCGCGCAGCAUGAGGAGACUGAUGAACAUAGUGGCCAUUACAGGACGUCUGCUACGGGCGUACAACAUUGACUUUAACUGGCACAGGCUGGCAGCUUGGAUUAACAUCAUAGAACAGUGGCCCUACAGGGUCUCCUGGAUCACCAUCUAUUUUGAGGAGAAUGAGAUCUUGGACAACAGCACCACUUUACUGUCUCUGUAUGAAAAGAUAGCAGAUAAAAUUCCUGUAUCCAAGGAGAUUGAUCCUCUGUUGGAGAUUGACAGAAAUCCUCGGAAGAUGGAGGCAUUUCUGGCCAGUAAACUAAGUAACAACACACUGCUGAAUGUGAAGGACCUCAGGAGAUUUCUGCCGUGCACGAUUAACCUCGAUCCCUACCUCAGGAAACUCAUCAGAGAGAUGCAGAAAAACAUGGACACUCAACAGCCUAGCUUUCCACUGGGUCCUAUGAACUUUCCCCCGACAGGUGGAACACCCCAUACCCCAACGAGACGACCGGAGACCCAGAGACAUGUCCAGCAGAAUUUAGUCCCUGGGGGUCACAUGUACCCCCCACACAGACUGGACCCGAUGGCUGGGAUGCAUCCUAUGUUGCCCUAUAACAUGGUACCAUACUAUCAACAACAAUUCGUAGGUGCGCCUCUUCAAUCCGGCGUUGGUAUGGCUACGGCUAGAGAUACACAGCAGAACAAAGGGGCGGAUCCAGAGACUACUAUCCAGAGUUAUAGUGACCAGGCUUUGAGUACGAUGAGUGUAGAUGAUAUAUGUACACUAACAAAGAACAUCAAAGGUAUAAACCCUCUACAGGUGCCAGCGUAUCAGAAUCGCAUCAUAGACAACAAUAUUGGGGGUGUGGUCCUCUCCACCUGUGAUACAGAAGAACUUCGUGAGGUUCUGGCCAUGAAAUUUGGGGACUGGCAAUUAUUCAAAUCAGCUCUAAUAGGGCUCAGACAAAGAGAAAUGGUUAAUGAAGAAUUUGAACAGUUUGAACCAGGUUUUGUAAAAGAUCACAGUAAAUCAGAUACUGCAUUUGAAUCUACCAGCACUCAGGGUGGUCGUGGAUACUCCGAUAUAAAGUAUGAGAGAAUGGACAAAAAGGGUCAGCAGGAGGCGUAUUCCCGCACGGUGAAGGCAGAAGUUUCCCCUCCUCGGAUGUCUCGAGUGGACAGCGCGUACCAACAGGUGGCAUUCGAGACAGGUCUGCUACGGGAGGCCAUGAUCAAUUUUACAGAGGACGGUGAGGAGGAAGAGAUGCAUAAUAACGUCUCGUUUUCAGCAGACACCAAAAGAGGAUCACUGGAAGACAUGGACGACAGCAUUAACAGCUCCGAGAGUCAGCCACUGUUAAAGAGGAGGCCAUCAAGCCAAGCAUUCAGUGACGGCCGACGUAAAGAGUCCUUGGGGGUUGUGCACGAGACUGAGGAACCUGAGGGCCCAUCAGCCAUGUUCUAUCUGGAUGAGACUGAAAGUGCCCCCACUGCAGAAAGUGUCAGGGAAAUUGGGGGUGCAGGAAUUCCUUUGGUGACCUUUCACAGGGGAGAUCAUUCUAACGAGGAUUCUGUGUAAAGGACAGAGACACAAGUGUAUUGUACCUUGAUCAAUCUGAUUAAAAUACAGAUCUCACGAAUAGCGCAGAGAGCGCUGUGCACUAUUUGAGAGAUCUGUAUUUUAAUCAGUUUAAUUGUACCUUUUUGAUUAAUCUCUUUUUCAUUAUUUGAUGAUGACACAGCUUUCUGAAUUGAACAUGUUAGUAUUAUUACAGUGGCUUAUAUUGCUUGAAUAACCAAAAUGCCCAAAAAAACUAGUGCAUGGAAUACAACUCGGUAGCAUGAGUCUGAAAUACGUGUAUGUCAAGAGAAAUUUGUUACUGUGUGUACGGUGAAGAUUCAGAUAGCGAAGAUUACAGGAACAGAUAUCAUGACAUAAGAAACUUUAUGUUUUCCACAGGAGAAAAGGUGAAAGAUGAUGUGAAUUAUUGAUGAACUUGCUUUUCUAUUGUUCUUGUGUUAGUUUGAAAUUCAUGACCUGAAAACUAUGGGUUUUUUUUAGGAGCAUCAACACAAUGCCUUGGAAAUAUUUCUUAUGGUAAUAAACUCCUUUUUUUCAUAUAUAUUAUAAAGAUCUGAUAUGUUCUAACUAUAAAUGGAGUAUCUUACUAGGUUUAAAAAAAAUAUGCAUUGAAAACUUUAAGACUUCACAAAAUAAAAUCAUGGUAUUAAUGCACACAGGAAAAUAUCACAAAGGGAUUCAUACCUGUGGAUGCAAGGCAAAGAUAUUUACCAUUGAACUGGUCAUGCAUGUGGUACGAGCAGUCUGUUAGAGAAAAAAAUGUGUUGUACGAGCAGUCUGUUGGAGAAAAAAAUGAGUUGUACGAGCAGUCUGUUGGAGAAAAAAAUGAGUUGUACGAGCAGUCUGUUGGAGAGAAAAUGAGUUGGUGUGUAUUGAUUUUCCUUCCUUUUGAUUUGCCCAUUUAACCAGGGAUGUUACAGGACCUGUUGUUCUUGUGUCCCCCUGUAGAAUGUUAAUUAUUUCUGUUUUUGAAUGUCCCUUUUUUUCCCAAUCUACAUAUAUACACAUGUAGGUAAACUUACAUUGCUAGUACUUAGUAUUCCAGCCUUGGAAACAAACUGUGAUAUGCAUGCAUUUAUUGUAAUCGGGGAUUUUGUGAUUAAAAGAUAUUUACAGGUAAAAAUGUCGUAAUGAUUCAUAUUAAAUUUUAAAAAUGCU